UGGGCCACCAACAUUGGUAUAGAGCAUGGACAAGUCCUCAUGUCUGUCUUGGAUCGGGUUUGAAGCAGAUGUUGGAUGGCCUUGUUACACGGUACAGAAAUACUGGCGUUCCUCCUCCCAAGGCACCCUAUGUUGACCGUGACUGCUGCGGAGCUUCAUCUGUGCAUAAGUACUUGGAGGCCUGGCCGUUUCUUCAUAUCAGGUUGGACAUAUGACACUUCAUGCGCCGCUUUCCCUAUGGCUGCACCACUGAUAAGCAUCAACUGUACAGUGUGUUCAUGGGGAAGUUGAGCCAGUGCAUCUUCAAGUGGGAUGAGACUGAUCUCAAACUUACUGAAGACUGCUAAGCGAGCCGAGAUGAUCCAGCAGUGCAUCCAAAAUCCUUCGGAGGAUGAUGUCAUAAGACGCUUGUCUACAGCUGAGCUUGCACUCCACUGCACACGAGUGACCCGCGGCACUGCUGAAACAACUAGGCUCAUAUCCAGCCUGUUAGAAUCCAUAGAUGGCCCCAGAGGUUUUGAUACCCAGGGAGUGCCUUUGUUUGACAGUGAGAAGAUCCAGCAGAUCUGGAAGAUACAGAGUCAGCAUGUACCUUGCAUCCAGGAUCCCCUGGUCUGAGACUCUACACACAGGUCAACACAUUGAAGAGAGGCGGCAUUGAACUUCCUGUUUACAGAUGUGCAAGAGGCUCCACCUCUCUGGAAAGCUUUCAUCUCGAUAUGAACAGGUUUAUUCCAGGAACCCUGGCAAAGGACAUCAAUUUCCAGGUAUUCCUAUUGGAUGGCCUGUUCAGAUGAAAUUCUGACCGGAAGAGUUCAGCAGUAGUUGAUGUCCAGGAAGCCGCCCCAAUGACAUACAGUGGACCGCUCAAGAACUCUGUUAACAAGUUGGCAAAUGAGGUCUUGGGCAGAGGAAUUUUUUACGACUACAAGCCACCUGGAAAAUACACUGGAGAGCUGAUAGGAAUAGAGUACCUCUACUCCCAAACAGGAAAAGGUGUGACUGACUACAGAGGGGCUGUCCGGAUACUCGCUGAUGAUGCCGAUGUGGAGGAGGAAAACCCAGAGCAUUCUAAAGCAGAUGAAGGAUUCCAUGAACAACAGGAGGAGAUGUUGGAUCCCACACUGCCUGUAGAGUUUGGUGUGGAUCCUGUAGAGUUAGGUGUGGAUCAUACUUCUGCUACUCCUGCCCUCCUUAACAUCCCAUCUGUAUCUGAGUAUAGACAGAUGAUGGCCCAGUCAGAUUCAGUUGACGUACAUACUCAUCACCAUGAGGCUGAGACAGACAAAAGCAAAGAUGCAGACUCUGGACACAGUUGGUCUAGACAAUGUACCUGGAUAUUCAAGAGUGCUGGCUUUAGCACACUUUCUGGUAACCUUUAAAGAUAAGGCAGCCAUGACUUCA